AGUCAAUAGUGGAAGUACAUAGUUUUAUUAUAAUCUGCGAAUUUGUAAAAAAAAUACUUGUGAAAAGUGUUUUCUGAAGAGAGGAAAAAUUAAAUCUGUGCAAUAUUCAGAAAAAUAAGUUUUCAUAAUUUUAUAUCGAUUAUAAUUAAGUAAAUUUUUAUUUUAAUUGUGAGUGAGUGAACAAAAAAAAUGUCUGAAAAUGAAGACAAUGAAGAAAUGGAAUAUGAUAACGAUAUUGAAGAUUAUUACAAUUCAGGAGAAGAUUGUGAUAUCGAGCAGAUAGACCCGAAAAAAACCGAUCCGGAAUAUUUUGAAUUUGAGUGUUUAAAUGUAGAAGAAGUUGAAAAAUUAUUAAAUGAAUCUGUGGAAAAACUUAGCACAAUUUUGCAAAUAACGCCAUCUUUAGCUAAGGUGCUUCUUCAUGAACAUAAAUGGACAAUUCAAAAUAUCAUUGAAAAAUAUCGUGAAAAUGCCAGUAAUUUACUAAUUAGUGCACGAAUCAAACCUCCACUGAGUCAAUCCGCUUCGAACAUAACGCAAAUUUCUAUACCAUCCACAUCGCAAGGUGCUGCCUUACAUUUAGUAACUACUUCAGCUACUAUUUUUACGGCACCAUCAACUUCAAGACGAACUGCUAGUCUUUUAUGCCCGGUGUGUGUAAAUACCCAAUCUAUAGAUCGUUUUCAUAGUUUAGCUUGCGGUCAUUCUUUUUGCAAAGAUUGUUGGUCCAUGCAUUUUGAAACUCAAAUAUUUCAAGGUAUAUCAACUCAAAUCGGAUGUAUGGCUCCAAUGUGUAAUGUUAGAGUACCAGAAGAUUUUGUUUUAAAUUUAGUACAAAGACCAAUAUUACGUGAAAAAUGGCAAAAAUUUGCAUUUCAGGAUUACGUAAAAUCUCACCCAGAAUUACGUUAUUGCCCGGGCCCUAAUUGUCAAAUUAUAAUUCGUAGUCAGGAUAUACAACCCAAAAGAGCCGUAUGUAAAUCGUGCAACACAUCAUUUUGUUUCAAAUGCAGUACUGAUUACCAUGCGCCAACUGAUUGUCAAGUCAUAAAAAAAUGGUUAACAAAAUGUGCUGACGAUAGUGAAACAGCUAAUUAUAUUAGUGCCAACACCAAAGACUGUCCAAAGUGUCAUAUAUGUAUUGAAAAAAAUGGUGGUUGUAAUCACAUGCAGUGUUUCCAUUGUAAACAUGAUUUUUGUUGGAUGUGUUUGGGAGAUUGGAAAUCUCAUGGUUCUGAAUAUUAUGAAUGCUCAAGAUAUCGUGAUAACCCAAAUAUUGCAAAUGAAUCAGUUCAUGCUCAAGCACGCGAGGCUUUAAAAAAAUAUUUACAUUAUUAUGAGCGUUGGGAAAACCAUUCGAAAUCGUUACAAUUAGAACAACAAACUCUUGAUAGAUUAAGGGCUAGAGUUAAUGAAAAAGUUAUGAAAGGUUGGGGUACAUGGAUUGAUUGGCAAUAUUUGUUUAAUGCGGCAGGAUUGUUAGCUAAAUGUAGAUACACACUGCAAUAUACAUACCCUUAUGCAUAUUUCAUGGAAGCUGGUAGUAGAAAAGAUCUCUUCGAAUAUCAACAGGCCCAGCUAGAAGCCGAAAUUGAAAAUUUGUCAUGGAAAAUCGAAAGAGCAGAGACAACGGAUUUAGGUGACUUAGAAAAUCAAAUGGAUAUUGCUGAAAAAAGGAGAACAACAUUGCUAAAGGAUUUUUUUCCAAUAGCAGGAAAUAGUUCUUAAUGAAAAUUAAACUAAUAUAUAAUUUUAAUCAGGAUUUAAUUUAUAUCAAGAAAUAAUUCUACUCUCCUAUAAUAUAAUAUAAUCUAAAAUGAUUUCCCCUUUCUAUAAAACCAAAAUAAUACUACAAAUCAAAAUUAUUAGGCAAAUCUAAUUUGUUUUAUUGAAUAUGCAUAAGUAAUCUUUGAUAAAUUUGCUAAAUUUUAGUAAAUAUACAAUUAACCGUGAAAAUUUUACUGCAAAUUACUUACUGCUCUUUGUUAAAAUUUUA